AUGUCUGUUCGAUACAGCUCAAGCAAGCAGUACUCUUCCUCCCGCAGUGGGGGGGGAGGAGGAGGAGGAGGAGGAGGGUCAUCCUUCAGAAUUUCAAGCAGCAAAGGCUCCAUUGGUGGAGGAUUUAGCUCAGGGGGGUUCAGUGGUGGUUCUUUUAGUCGUGGGAGCUCUGGUGGAGGCUGCUUUGGGGGCUCAUCAGGUGGCUAUGGAGGAUUAGGAGGAGGCUUUGGCGGAGGAGGCUUUGGUGGAGGCUAUGGAAGCAGCAGCUUUGGUGGGGGCUAUGGAGGAGGCAGCUUUGGAGGGGGCAGCUUUGGUGGUGGUGGCUUCAGUGGAGGCAGCUUUGGAGGCUUUGGGGGUGGAUUUGGAGGAGAUGGUGGCCUUCUCUCCGGAAAUGAAAAAGUAACCAUGCAGAAUCUGAAUGACCGCCUGGCUUCCUACUUGGACAAAGUGCGGGCUCUGGAAGAAUCAAACUAUGAGCUAGAAGGCAAAAUCAAAGAGUGGUAUGAAAAGCAUGGCGGCUUAGGCCAGAGAGAACCUCGUGACUACAGCAAAUACUACCAAACCAUCGAUGAUCUUAAAAAUCAGAUCCUCAAUCUGACAACUGAUAAUGCCAACAUCCUGCUUCAGAUCGACAAUGCCAGGCUGGCAGCUGAUGACUUCAGAUUAAAGUAUGAGAACGAGGUCACCCUGCGCCAGAGCGUGGAGGCUGACAUCAAUGGCCUGCGCAGGGUGCUGGAUGAACUGACCCUGACCAAGGCUGACUUGGAGAUGCAGAUCGAGAGCCUGACUGAAGAGCUGGCCUAUCUGAAGAAGAAUCAUGAAGAGGAAAUGAAAGACCUUCAAAAUGUGUCCACUGGUGAUGUAAAUGUAGAAAUGAAUGCUGCCCCAGGUGUCGAUCUGACUGAACUUCUGAAUAACAUGAGAAACCAGUAUGAACAACUUGCUGAACAAAACCGCAAAGACGCUGAAGCCUGGUUCAACGAAAAGAGCAAAGAACUCACUACGGAAAUCAAUAGUAACAUCGAACAAAUGUCCAGCCACAAAUCGGAGAUUACUGAAUUGAGACGCACGGUUCAAGGUCUGGAAAUCGAACUACAGUCCCAACUAGCCCUGAAACAAUCCCUGGAAGCCUCCUUGGCAGAAACAGAAGGUCGCUACUGUAUGCAGCUCUCCCAGAUUCAGGCCCAGAUCUCCUCUCUGGAGGAACAACUCCAACAGAUUCGAGCUGAAACCGAGUGCCAGAAUGCUGAGUACCAACAGCUCCUGGAUAUUAAGAUCCGACUGGAGAAUGAAAUUCAAACCUACCGCAGCCUACUAGAAGGAGAAGGAAGUUCCGGCGGCGGCGGCGGCUACGGCGGCGGGCGCGGCGGCGGAAGUUCCGGCGGCGGCUACGGCGGAAGUUCCGGCGGCGGUGGCGGCUACGGCGGCGGCUACGGCGGCGGAAGUUCCAGCGGUGGCGGCCACGGCGGUAGCGGCCACGGCGGUAGCUCCGGCGGAAGUCACGGGGGUGGUUACGGCGGCGGCAGCUCCGGCGGUGGCCACGGCGGCAGUUCCAGCGGCGGCGGCUACGGUGGCGGCAGCUCCGGCGGUCACAAGUCCUCGUCUUCUGGGUCCGUCGGGGAACCCUCUUCCAAGGGACCAAGGUCAGCAGAAACUAGCUGGGAUACUAACAAAACCAGAGUAAUCAAGACAAUUAUUGAAGAGGUGGCACCUGAUGGUAGAGUCCUUUCAUCAAUGGUUGAAUCAGAAACCAAGAAACACUACUAUUAAGCCGCAUCAAGAGGAAAGAGUCUCCCUUCACACAGACCAUUAUGUACAGGUGCAUGAAAAACAAAAGCUCCAAGAAAACACUUCAGUCUUAAUGGUCUAUGGAAAUAGGUUCACUCCUUGAAAAUAAGGUGUCUAAAAGGUGUUUUGUGGUUUCUGUAUUUCUUUUCACUUUACCAGAAAGUGUUCUUUAAUGGAAAAAAAAAAAAAAAACAACUUUCUAUUCUCAUUCACUAAUGAAUUUCAAUAAACUUUCUUACUGAUGCAAGCUA